CUACAUACAUCUCCAGAACUCUUUUUGACAGUCCUGACGCGCAGAUAGUCGACUCAAUCCAUGAUCAAGGACCCUCCACGCGCAAAACAUAUACUUUCUGUAAAAUAGUGAGGUUUCACGACUUAGUGUGAUCAUUUGAAAAUGUGUCUACUUAUUUGAAUGUAUUUUCACGCGUUUGUUAUUGUUUAGUUGUUUUGUGGCCGGAGAUGGGGUGCGCAAUAUCAGGCUUGGUACCGAAACAAGUCGGGGACGUGAUGGACGAUGUUCCCAUUGUGCAUCUAACUGACGAGCACAGGGAGAUAAUCAAAGAGACGUGGAAAGUCAUCCAAGAAAACAUCGCGAAAGUUGGCAUUAUUAUGUUUGUUGGGUUGUUUGAGACCCAUCCAGAAUGCAAAGACGUUUUCUUCCUGUUCCGAGACGUGGAAGACCUGGAGAGGCUGCGGAACAACAAGGAGCUACAAACUCAUGGCCUACGGAUAAUGCACUUCAUUGAGAAAAGCGUGGCCAGACUUAAUCAGAUGGAACGACUGGACCAACUGAUCCUAGAUCUGGGCAAAAGCCACUAUCGUUACAACUCCCCUCCGAAGUACUACAUGUACGUGGGGGCAGAGUUUAUUCGAGCCGUCCAGCCAAUCCUGAAGGACAACUGGACCCCAGAAGUGGAGGAGGCUUGGAAGACGUUGUUCCUGUACAUCACCAGUAUCAUGAAGCAAGGCUAUGUGGAAGAGGAGAAGAACCAGAGGAACACCAUGGCCAACACCAGUAGAGAGAGACCAGAGAAGAGGCUCAAUGUCAUCUAGGAGCAGCCUACUCUCCAGUCAAUGUGUACAGGGCAUUCGGAAAGUAUUCAGACCCCUUGCCUUUUCCACAUUGUGUUACGUUACAGCCUUAUUCUACAAUGGAUUAAAUAAAUAAAAACAUCUCAUCAAUCUGCACACAAUACCCCAUAAGGACAAGGCAGAAACAGGUUUAGAACUUUGUGAAAAUGUAUUUAGUAAAACAGAAAUACCUUUACAUAAGUAUUCAGACCCUUUGCUAUGAGACUCGAAAUUGAGCUCAGGUGCAUCCUGUUUCCAUUGAUCAUCCUUGAGAGGCUUCUACAAAUUGAAGUCCACCUGUGGUAAAUUCAAUUGAUUGGACAUGAUUUGGAAAGACACACACCUGUCUAUAUAAGUUCCCACAGUUAACAGUGCAUAUCAGAGCGAAAACCAAGCAAUGAGGUCGAAGGAAUUGUCCGUAGAGCUCCAAGACAGCGCUGUCCUUAGGUACAGAUCUGGGGAAGGGUACUAAAAAAGCUUUAAAGGUCCCCAAGAACACAGUGGCCUCCAUCAUUCUUUAAUGGAAGAAGUUUGGAACCACCAAAACUCUUUGUAGAGCUGACUGCCCGGCCAAACUGAGCAAUCUGGGAAGAAGGGCCUUGGUCUGGGAGGUGACCAAGAAACCCGAUGGUCACUGUGACAGAGCUCCAGAGUUCCUCUAUGGAGAUGGGAGAACCUUCCAGAAAGACAACCAUCUCUGCAGCACUCCACCAAGCAGGCCUUUCUGGUAGAGUGGCCAGACGGAAGCCACUCCUCAGUAAAAGGCACAUGACAGUCUGCUGGAGUUUGCCAAAAGGCACCUAAAGGACUCUCAGACAAUGAGAAACAAGAUUCUCUGGUCUGACGAAACCAAGAUGUGACGCUUGGCAUUCAGGGCAAAGAGUUCUGUCUGGAGGAAACCAGGCACCAUCCCAACUGUGAAGCAUGUUGGUGACAGCAUGCUGUGGUUAUGUUUUUCAGCGGCAGGGACUGGAGGACUAGCCAGUAUCGAGGGAAAGAUGAAUGGAGCAAAGUACAGAGAGAUCCUUGAUGAAAACCUGCUCCAGAGUGCGAAGGUUCACCUUCCAACAGGACAACAACCCUAAGCACACAGCCAAGACAACGCAGGAGUGGCUUCGGACAAGUCUCUGAAUGUCCUUGAGUGGCCCAGCCAGAGCCUGGACUUUAACCCAAUCGAACAUCUCUGGAGAGACUUGAAAAUAGCUGUGCAGCAACGUUUCCCAUCCAAGCUGACAGAGCUUGAGAGGAUCUGCGUAGAAGAAUGGGAGAAGCUCCCCUAAUACAGCUGUACCAAGGUUGUAGUGUCAUAACCAAGAACAAGGGUGUAAUUGCUGCCAACGGUGCUUCAACAAAGUACUGAGUAAAGGGUCUGAAUACUUAUGUGAAUGUAUUCGUUUUUUAUUUUUAAUAAAUUUGCAUAACAUUCUGUGGGCUAUUGUGUGUAGAUUGAUGAGGGUGGAAAAAACGAUUUGAAUCCAUUUUAAAAUAAAGCUGUAAAGUAACAAAAUGUGGAAAAAGUCAAGAGGUCUGAAUACUUUCCGAAUGCACUGUAUAUGGGUUCAUUAAGACUCAAGUAAAGCAUAGACCAACACUACCAGGGUCAUAUUCAUUAGGACAUCCAAUAGAAAACGUUUUGAAAUGUUUCGCAAUGAAAAAUUAAAAUUAGUGUUUCCUAUUGCAAUCUCUGCAUAUUUCAGUCCGUUUUCCAUUUUCUGCCUAAUGAAUAUUACCCAGAUGUCUGAUAGAUGGUGCGUUCAAGACAACUGGGAAUUAAUAAAAAACAAACUCAGACUGGGAAAAUUUGUGACGUCAGUGAUCUUCAGGUUGGAGAAGUCAGAGCUGAUGAUAAUUCCGAUUCGAUGCGUUGGGUGUCUGAGAGAUUAUAGCCUAUGCUCAAUAGGCUCUAAUUACUUAACCAUGAAUGUGCACUUUUCAAAAUAUAUCUCCAGUCAACGUUGUUGCUAGCACGUGCACCCAAAAUAUAGUGUACCCUCAUGGUUAACUUGGUUUGAGUUUACGAAAACAGAUUUAAUACGACCACUAGUGUCAUCCCAGAUGAGGAAUAAAACACUAUUUCGGGGCACAUGUAGCGUAAUCUCACUCACUUUUGUACAUCAACUUGGUCCGUACAAUUGACCUUAUUUUAGCUCCCCAAAAGCGUAAUACUUCCAGAUCAACUGUAAUGUCAAUACCAUUGUAAAGCACAAUUUCUCCCCUUUCCAACAAAAUUAAUGACAUGACCUCCACGCUGCCUGUUUCUGCAUGAUUCAAGUAGGCAAUGAGCCCCGUCGGGUCUUUUUAAAAAUUGAGGGUGGGGAAGCGAAACUAAUGCGUGAUAGUGAGAAGGAGAGGAGAUGUGUGUGAAAACUGCUUUUUUUCACUCGAUCUGUCCAACUUAUCACCUUAUCGCCUCUAAAAUGUAAAUAAAACACUAUAAAGAGUUUAUAUAAUGUGUCAUUACAUACCUAUUUGAAGGUUUGUGUCAAAUUUGAAUCGUGUUUUUAGGGCGGUGCUAAAGUGAUCUUCAGAAGUAAACAGCGACUUUGAAAGUAAUGAUCGCUUACAGUGAUGACGCAAAAAAUGACUAGGUAUCCCCCCCUUACCCCCGUCACUGUCCAUUUCUUGUUUUUAAACGAUGAGAGAAGUGCUACACCUGGUGGAGAGAGGCUUUAAGACAGAAAUAGUUGCUUUAUGCGUGCUGUACGUUACGGCAUGACACGUCACGAUGUAACGGAGGGUCAGUUUUUUCAACUUUUCUCCAAUACUAUAGAGCCAUUACCAUGCCGAUCAACGCUUGAAUAGAAACGUAGUUCACAUCCCAGAUUUUGAAGUCAACACAGUCGCUACAGUCCCAUUAGUUUUCUUUGCAGCCUCGUUUGAAUGUCGCGGUUGUGCACAUUUGUACGGAAUGGGGUGAGUUUACGUUAAUGUUUGCCAAAGUACAAAGUAAUUACACACGCACUCUACACACACAUGGAUUUUGUAUUGUAGAUAUGUGAUAGUAGAGUAGUGGCCUGAGGGCACACACUUAAUGUGUUGUGAAAUAUGUUAUGAAAUGUAAAUGUCAUGUAAUAUUUGUAAUUGUAUAGAUCUGCCUUAAUGUUGCUGCACCCUAGGAAGAGUAUGGGAUCCUUAAUAAAUACAAAUGACUAGUUGUUACACAGGAGUUAGCUAGUUAAAAUGAAGUGUAUCUUGAGGAGUAAUUACUUGUAAUUAAUGUUUACUUACACAGUACGUUACCCGUUCUGACAACCUUGCCAUAAUUUUUUACGUUUCUGGAAGUGCCAUCCAAGUCGGACAAUAAACACACUAGUGCACCAUAGAGUACAUUAUUUUCUUUAGAACUAUAGAGGAGGAAAUGUAAAAGUAGUAAACUACUGAAGUAGUACUUAAAGAUUUGUAUCAUUUCAGCCAGUAGUUUUGAAAGUGGAGCUCAUGAGCCAAAAAGUGGUUCCCGUUGUUUGUAUACUACGUCAUCAAAUUGUGCCUACGUCAUCCAUGUCGUAUGAUAUGUUACGUCCUGCAAAAAAAUAAAUCAUAAUUUUGUGUUUGUGCAA